UGCCACCCGAGCAUCAGAGCUCAACUGUCGAUGCUGUCUGUGAUGAGAACAGUCAAAUCGUAAUGGCGACUGCUGGAACAGCAGACUCGGGAUCAACAGCCCCGACAGGGACCAGUGGCAUCCGAAAAAUGGCCCCUUCAGAGCUGCCUGGCUCUUCAGGCACAACUCAGAGUAUGAAGAAGACCAUCGGACACCGGGGGGUUGAGACGACCACUGGAGAGACCACCUAUAAAAAGACGACGUCAUCCGCCCUAAAAGGUGCCAUCCAGUUGGGUAUCACUCACACAGUUGGCAGCCUAAGCCAAAAGGCGGAGAGGGAUGUUCUGAUGCAGGACUUCGUGGUGGUUGAAAGCAUCUUCUUCCCCAGUGAAGGCAGUAACCUGACUCCUGCUCAUCACUACAGUGACUUUCGCUUUAAGACCUACGCUCCAAUUGCCUUUCGUUAUUUCAGGGAACUCUUUGGCAUUCGGCCAGAUGACUACCUGUAUUCUCUGUGUAACGACUCACUGAUCGAGCUGUCUAACCCCGGAGCCAGCGGAUCCCUCUUCUAUGUCUCCAGUGAUGACGAGUUCAUCAUCAAGACUGUUCAACACAAAGAGGCAGAGUUCCUCCAGAAACUCCUGCCUGGAUACUUCAUGAACAUAAACCAAAACAAGCGCACCCUGCUACCCAAGUUUUACGGGCUGUAUUGCGUUCAGGCAGGGGGAAAGAAUAUCCGUAUUGUAGUGAUGAACAAUCUUCUGCCUCGGAUCAUCCCCAUGCACCUCAAAUACGACUUGAAGGGCUCCACCUAUAAGAGACGAGCUUCUCCCAAGGAGAGAGAAAAGGCUGUUCCCAUUCACAAAGACCUGGACUUUAUCCAGGACUUGCCUGAUGGUCUGCUGCUGGAAGCUGACAACUACAAUGCCCUGUGCAAGACUAUACAGAGGGACUGCUUGCUCUUGCAGAGUUUCAAGAUCAUGGAUUACAGUCUGUUGAUGGGCAUCCACAACAUGGACCAGGCCAGUCGAGAGCGGGAGCGCAGCGGGGGCAACUCGGGUGAUAGUGGGGGGUCAGAGGGAGCAGUGACCCCAGAUCAGCGUCGGCCACAAGCUCAGAAAAGUCUUUACUGUACAGCCAUGGAGUCCAUUCAGGGAGAGGCUCGGGGGAAGGGAGCUUUGGAUUCAGAAGACCAUAUGGGCGGUAUUCCAUCUCGUAAUACUAAAGGAGAGAGGUUGCUGAUCUACAUCGGCAUCAUUGACAUUCUCCAGUCCUACAGGUUUAUUAAGAAGUUGGAGCACUCCUGGAAGGCCUUGGUCCAUGAUGGGGACACAGUUUCAGUUCACAGACCCGGCUUCUAUGCAGAUCGUUUCCAGCAAUUCAUGUGCAACACAGUGUUCAAGAAAAUUCCACUAAAACCAUCACCAUCGAAGAAGAGUCGUGGUGGAGGUCCGGGAGGCCUGAGGAGGGCCCCCACCCUGGGAGCUCCCACCCCACUCUCCCACGCAACAGGACAGUCAGCCGUUGACUCCAGACUCGUCUACCACAGCCACUUUAAAAGCACAGAUUCAGAGGCAGACAGUGGCGUGCAGUCAGGCAGACCAGAUCUUGUUCCGAGGACCCCUCCACUGGGAGAAAACCCUGCUGACUAUGAUGUCAACCUGUCCACCUCAUCACUAGGCAGCACAGGACUUGCCUCCACCUCUCCUCCCCUACGGUCUGUAGGGGUAGAAGUGCACAAAUCCGCAAACACAGACCUUGACCAUCACAGUUUUGGGGCAGAAGGGGCUAUGGAUAAUUCAGGCAACCUGUCUGGAAACGAAGAUGUAAUUUCACUCUCGGACAUCGUCCCUGAGACCAACAUCUGCUUUUAAACAACAGACAUCUGAGGAUGAGGCGUUUCUGGACGAGGUGAGGCGGGCGGGAGGAUAAAAGGAGUGAAAGUCACCCAUCCACCACAGACCCUCCGUUGCACCUCUGUUUCCUCACCCAUACAGUAUAUACAGGGAUCGCUGGAUGAAGCAGCGAGGUGCAGUGGAGAUUGUAACAAUGUAGAGCGAAGUGGUGGGAAGAUGAAGAAGACGGUGUGCGGUAGGCUUUAGCUUUCCCAGCCAUCGACAUCCCAAAGCCCAGUUGUCUUUGAUAUACACCUGGGGAAAAAAGGCGUCUGACCCAGAAUUUGCAGCUCUGGCAGCAUUACGUUGUUUAAACAAAGAUGUUCCU